CUCCCUUUUAUAAGUUUCAACCACUUGUAAAGAAGAACUCGCUUUCAGUUUCUUAACAACAGGGCACUAGACAACUUUUGAGGACAGAACAAAAUGUUCAUCUUGCACAGUAUUAGAAUUUACAACCAACUUCUAAAUUCUGGAACUUCUGAAUAGCCCGCCAUUCCAGAUUGAAGAGUCAAUCUCCGUUCGACCGCUUUGCUCAGGAUACCAGAUUGAAGAAAUUUUCACCAAUCCAAAGUGAAGAAUCGCUUACCUUCAAAAGUUUACAAUUUUUUACUUUAAAAAUCUGAAAUUAAGAACACCAGUUUUAGUGAAAAUUCGAAAGUUAAGAACAGCUUUACUUCAGCAGUGGAGAAUGACUUAAAUCCACGGUCACCGUGAUGAAUUAUUUGCCAUUUUUUAUGAAGUAGUACAACCCACAGUGUCAGAUUGCUUUCCACUGUUUGAAGAAUCGCUAGCCAUUACAGGAUGAAGAAUCACCUACCUUAAAAACUGGGGAAAAAGUUUCCUCCUGCAAUGAAGAAUAGGUUGCCACUGAUUGUGUAAACUGUUGUUUAGAAGCUCAGGUCAGAGUGAAGAAUUGCGUAUCAACGUAGUGUGAAGAACUGCUUACAACGAAGAAAUAGUAAUUACCAUUUAGUGUAAAAAUUCUGAAAUUCAGGAGUGAAAAAGUGCUAAACUUUGAUAAAAGAGAAUGCAGUGAAAAACUGAUAAUGACUUCAGAGAGGAAUUGUGAUCAUCCACAGUGAAAAAUAGCUAACCAUUUCAGUGAACAAGAGGGAAUCGUUAACAGGCUAUUGUAAAGAACUGUUUUUUUCUCUACUUGAGAAGGGUUACUCAGUGACCACAUUAAGUUGCUCAAUACUAUAAUACGAAAAAUUCUAUCUACUCCAGAGCCAAAAGAUCUGGUUAUACACAGUGAAGAAUUGAUUAUAUAUUGUCUACUACCAUUAACUGGAAAACUUUUUUUCUGCAGUCUUAGGGAAAAAUAGCUUACAGAAGUUUCCAGUAGGAAGAAGCUACAUAAGUUUGAAACAUAUUUAAUACAGAUUAUUGUGCCCAGCUGCCAAAGAAUUUAAUAUAGAUGAAAGCAAAACCUUAUAUUUAAUUCCACUGUGUUUCUGAAUCAUUGAAAUACAAGGGUAGACUUGGGAGUAAAACAUCAUUUAUGGUAGACAUUACCAGAAUAUAAUACAAAAUUGUUGUAUUUAAUCAGAGUUAUGAAUGAAACUAAUAUCACUGCAAGUAUGUGCAGGAGAAGUGUCCGCCUUCGACAGUCGAAAGGGAAGUCUGAGAGUUAUUCAGAUGAUGGUUUACAUGGAAUGCAGGCAUUACUUAUGCAGUGUCCAAAUGAAACUUUAGAAAAAAGUGAUGUUAAAAAAGAAUUCAAAGUGGUUGAAAAAGGUACUAAGACAAAAAGAAAAGGUAAUCAGUGUGAAAAUGACACCAAAAAAAGAUUACUUGCUAAAGUUAUUGAAAGAAGUAACAAAAUACACAGCAUUGAUAUAAACAAGAAUAAAACUUCUGGUAAAAGUAAGUUGAAAUCAAAGAAAAGUUCUGGAAAGAAAAAGAAAGGAAUGAAAGAAAAGAUAAUAUCAGAUAAACUUGUUGAACUGGAUAAUGUUAUAUACAUACUUGAUGAUAGAAAAAAGGAAUUAGAUAAGUCUUUUUUGCAGACGCUUGAUACAAUAACAAUGAUUUCAAAUGACGACAAUGAAGAUGAUGAUGUAGAUGUUGAUUACACAACAGUUGAUGUCAGUGUCCAAACAGAUGCUGAUGACGUUUCUCUUACACCGCCAGUUAAAAGAAAUGUUUAUGUUUCAGUGGAGAAUGGUAUGGUAAAAUCAGAAUUUUAUCAGCCAAUUUGUUCAGGUACCAGAAAAUCCUUCCCUAAUAAGUUUGACUUUCUGAAUGUUGGUGAUAUUAUAUCACCAACGACAUCAGCAUGUAAACAGAAUACGUCUGUAGACAACACAGAUAAAGAUGACAAGACUGAAAAUAAGUCUUCAAAUUUCCUAUUCAUACGGCAUUUGAAAGAUACAAUGACAUGUAUUAAAAGCGAAACUGGUGAAGUAACACCAGUAACAUUUGUAGCAAAUCUUACUCAGGUUGCUAAAAGAGCUACAAAAACUGAUACUGUUAAUCAAAUUGACUCUGAAAAUUCCAUGAAAUCCAUGUUGCCAUUGAACAGUAUUUAUACAAAAUAUCAAGCACAUUCCUCUGCAGAAAUGUGUGGUCAGAUUAGUGAUGGUAGAAUUGUUUUGCCUAGGAUUGAUGACAAAUGUAUUUUUACCAAUAUUUCUAACUGCUUAAUGUGCAGACAACAGAUGAAAAACUUGGUUGGAAUACGGACUGACAUGUAAAAUUAAUGAACAUUUGACUUUGUUUGCUCAGGUUUUUUCAGCAUGACAAUUUAUGUUUGAGAGAUAUUAUUUUGUAAAUUAAGUCCAUUCAGGCAAAUGUAUUGGUUGAGGAGAUAUGGAAGAAAUUUUCAGAGCUUAACAUAUUAAACCAUUUGUCUUAAACUUAGAAGAAGAAAAAUAGAGACUACAUAAAGGCGUGUACCCUUUUAACAGUUUAUUCUUACAUGUACAAUAUAUAUGUCUGAUUAUUAGUAAUGCCUCCCUUUGAGAAGAAGGGGUAUAUUGUUUGAUUCAUGUCGGUUGAUCAAAUGUCUGUCCAAUAGUAGUUUUAAAGUCAGUAAUCCAAAUCUGAUUCAGUAAUUCUUUCUAAUCCUUUCCGAUUAAGCCCACCCGCUUAGCUCAAUACGGAGAGCGCAGAUCUACGGACCUCGUGGUCGUGAGUUCGAUCCCCGGGCGGGGCAUAUGUUCUCUGUGACGAUUUGAUGAAAGACAUUGUGUCUGAAAUCAUUCGUCCUCCAACUCUGAUUCAUAUGGGGAAGUUGGCAGUUACUUGCGGAGAACAGGUUUGUACUGGUACAGAAUCCAGGAGCACUGGUUAGAUUAACAUAACUGAAAUACUGUUGAAAACGGCGUUAAACCCAAAACAAACAAACAAACCUUUUCGAUUAAUAACAGGAGGUGAAAGGUCAAUGUGAUUUUGCAAGGCUGGAGCCAGUCAGGCCCCAUAUUCACAAAACAUUUUCAGUCUCGGCUGAGUUUGAUAACAAAACUUCAUUUGUCAUUUAUAUCUAAAUAGCAUGUUUAAAACUAAAGUUUGAGUUAAUAAACUGUUUUCAAGUGGCUAUUCAGUACCGGUAGUCUGUCUCAGUUGGAAAUAAAUCUUGCAGUUUUAGCAAAAUUGAUACCAAAAUUUCAAAAUCAAAAUCAGCCGAGACCGAAAAAUGUUUUGUGAACACGGGGUCAGAUUUUUAUCGAGUUUUCUUACUGUAUAGUGUGUAAGAAGCAGUUGAAGGGCAUACGAAUGCUUAUGCCAGUAGCUGUUAAACUUGGAAAGAUGAUUGCUUGUUGUCAGAAAAUGACCUACAUGUAUAUAUAGUCAUGGUAUCAGUAUGUAAAUGCCACAAAUAAUCUCAGGACUGAAAAAUGCUUAUUAUUUAUUCUAGGCGGAUGAUUUUUUUACAGAACCAAACUACAUUAUUUAUUAUGCUUUCUUUAUGGUCCAUGAAGUAAAUGUCAAGGUCACAGUGACAUUGAAAAUGAACACCCCUUGUCUGAUCAGAACAGUUGAGCUAUAUUAAGAUUAGGAUCAUUAUGUUAAAGGUUUAGGUCUUGGUCAGAUACUAGAGAAUGCUUUAGCCUAGAGCAACGGAACUCUUAGAAAAUGGUACAUUGUAUCCUGUAGUCAGAAAAUAAGGUCUGCAUUUUAUGCCCCACGUGACACAUGUGUAUUAUGGAAUUAUAAGUUGUCCGCUCACUACAUUCAAUGUCCAGAGUAUUUGUGGCAUGAUAUCCCAGCCAAUUUUGAUAACCAUCGGGAUCGUCCUAUUAGUUUAUAGUUUAUACUAAUGUGUUUUAGCUCGAUUGUGAUGAAAGCUUCAAGCUUAUUGUAACCACUCUUGGGUCCGCUUCCUGAGAAGUCAUGGUCGUGACCCCAGUGGGGCUUGAACCCACGACCCCUGGAUUAAGCGACCGACACCUUAUCCAUCUGACCACCGCUCCCGCUGGAAUGUCCUAUUGGCUCUGAAGUUGUGGCCCAUUUUCUUCUUAAGUGGUAUGGAGAAAGUGAAAGUCACGGCCCUUAUUGCAACUGACUUAAUUGCGGCAUUUGACACUGUCGACCACUGUGGUGUCUGUGAAAACAGCUCUCCUACUUAAGGCCUCGUACUUGUUGUAAGGUUAAUAUCAACAUUUCAUAUUCAUCAGACCGCCAGCUUGAAUGUCUUGGCAGUUGCCUUGCUCCACGGCUCUUUCUCACUGAUGUGGGAACUCGUAUUUGAAGUCAUUCCCAAAUCCAUAUCAAAGUACGGUUUUGCUGAUGACUAUUUAGCAAAUUAAAGCUUUCAUCCAACAUCUGCUUCCGUAGAAUUAAAGCGGCGAUUGGGGACCUCGAACGGUGCGCAGCUACAACCAAUGACUGGAUAAAUAGAAACAAAGUGAAAAUGCACACUUCAAAAACUAAAUUUAUUAUGCUAAUGGUAGCAGACCUCGAACAGAUGUUUUACAAAUUCGAUUAACAUUGCUGGAUAUGAUACCAAACGUGAAAACACAAUUAGAUAUCUUGGUGCAUGUGAUGAAACCUUGAACCUUAUUAAAGAUCAUGUAAAUCGCAAAUGUCGUACAGCCAUGUUGAAUUACCUACGAAUUAAGAACAUCCGAAAACAUUUAACCGAAGCAGCCACUGAAAGUUUAGUUUUGCCUCUAGUUAUUUCACAGCUAGAUUACUGCAUUGUCAUACUGUAUGGUGUAGCUAACGGUGAGGUGCCUAAGAUUCAACGAAUUCAAAACAUGUGUGCAAAACUUGCCCUUAACAAAAUUUGACAGUUCUAAUCAAGCAUUGUAUGACUGACUUCAUCUCAGUGUUGUUAUAUAUUCUGGUCCUUCGGGAUCAUUGAUUUCAACUCAUUUAGAUUUGAUGAUUGAACACUGCUUAAGCCGGUGCUAGGGGGCGUGGGCAGUGUUGCAUUUUCCAUUACUGCUCAUGAACAGACUCAAUCAAACCGAGUCUGCAAUUUUCACCAUUUGCCUUGUCCUUGGUGAUUCCGAGGGAUCUACUUUUCAAAUUGUAUUUACAUUGGUUGCCGAUGAAAGCAGGGUUGAGUUUAAGAUACUUUCUUUCAUGUAUAGCUGUCACAUUGCAAGAAGACCUAUGUAUUUAACAGAACUGCUUACAGAGUAUGCUCCUAGUAGACAAGGUUUGAGAUCGUCAGAAAAUUCUGAAUGCCGUUAUGUUGUUCCAUACAAUAAGUGCAAAACAUUUAAUGGCAGAAGUUUCUGUACUAUUGGUCCAAAACUGGAAUGUACUGCCGUUAGAAUUACGAAAAAGUAAAUCACUUGAUAUAUUCAAAAACAUUCUUAAGGCACUGUAUUUUAGAGACUUCAUGGCAUUGUUUUAUUUUUAGCUCACCUGUCACAAAGUGACAAGGUGAGCUUUUGUGAUCGCGCGGCGUCCGUCGUCCGUCCGUGCGUCCGUCCGUCCGUAAACGUUCGCUUGUGACCACUCUAGAGGUCACAUUUUUUGCGGGAUCUUUAUGAAAGUUGGUCAAAAUGUUCAUCUUGAUGAUAUCUAGGUCAAGUUCGAAACUGGGUCACGUGCCGUCAAAAACUAGGUCAGUAGGUCUAAAAAUAGGAAAACCUUGUGACCUCUCUAGAGGCCAUAUAUUUCACAAGAUCUUCAUGAAAAUUGGUCAGAAUGUUCACCUUGAUGAUAUCUAGGUCAAGUUCGAAACUGGGUCACGUGCCGUCAAAAACUAGGUCAGUAGGUCUAAAAAUAGAAAAACCUUGUGACCUCUCUAGAGGCCAUAUAUUUCAAAAGAUCUUCAUGAAAAUUGGUCAGAACGUUCACCUUGAUGAUAUUUAGGUCAAGUUCGAAACUGGAUUACGUGACUUUAAAAACUAGGUCAGUAGGUCAAAUAAUAGAAAAACCUUGUGACCUCUCUAAAGGCCAUAUUUUUCAUGGGAUCUGUAUGAAAGUUGGUCUGAAUGUUCAUCUUGGUGAUAUCUAGGUCAAGUUCGAAACUGGGUCACGUGCGGUCAAAAACUAUGUCAGUAGGUCUAAAAAUAGAAAAACCUUGUGACCUCUCUAGAGGCCAUAUAUUUCAUGAGAUCUUCAUGAAAAUUGGUCAGAAUGUUCACCUUGAUGAUAUCUAGGCCAAGUUAGAAAGUGGGUCACGUGCCAUCAAAAACUAGGUCAGUAGGUCAAAUAAUAGAAAAACCUUGUGACCUCUCUAGAGUACAUAUUUUUCAUUGGAUCUGUAUGAAAGUUGGUCUGAAUGUUCAUCUUGAUGAUAUCUAGGUCAGGUUUGAAAGUGGGUCACGUGCCGUCAAAAACUAGGUCAGUAGGUCAAAUAAUAGAAAAACCUUGUGACCUCUCUAGAGGCCAUAUUUUUCAUGGGAUCUGUAUGAAAGUUGGUCUGAAUGUUCAUCUUGAUGAUAUCUAGGUCGAGUUCGAAACAGGGCCAUGUGCGGUCAAAAACUAGGUCAGUAGGUCUAUAAAUAGAAAAACCUUGUGACCUCUCUAGAGGCCAUACUUGUGAAUAGAUCUCUAUAAAAAUUGGUCAGAAUGUUCAUCUUGAUAGUAUCUAGGUCAGGUUCGAAAGUGGGUCACGUGCCUUAAAAAACUAGGUCAGUAGGUCAAAUAAUGAAAAAACGUUGUGACCUCUCUAGAGGCCAUACUUUUCAUGGGAUCUGUAUGAAAAUUGGUCUGAAUGUUCAUCUUGAUGAUAUCUAGGUCAAGUUUGAAACUGGGUCAACUGCGGUAAAAAACUAGGUCAGUAGGUCUAUAAUUAUUAAAAUCUUUUGACCUCUCUAGAGGCCAUAUUUUUCAUGAGAUCUACAUGAAAAUUAGUGAGAAUGUUCACCUUGAUGAUAUCUAGGUAAAGUUCAAAACAGGGUCACGUACCUUUGAAAACUAGGUCAAUAGGUCAAAUAAUAGAAAAACCUUGUGACCUCUCUAGAGACCAUAUUUUUCAAUGGAUCUUCAUGAAAAUUGGUCAGAAUUUUUAUCUUGAUAAUAUCUAGGUCAAGUUCAAAACUGGGUCACAUGAGCUCAUAAACUAGGUCACUAUGUCAUAUAAUAGAAAAAACGACGUCAUACUCAAAACUGGGUCAUGUGGGUAGAGGUGAGCGAUUCAGGACCAUCAUGGUCCUCUUGUUUUAUUAUUGUUGUGUAUGCGAAAACAGCCGGUGUUAGUUUUUAAUUUUAUUUGAAUUUUCACAUUUCAUCAUUAAUAUUUUAAGGUUUGUUUAAAUUGAAUAUGUCAUUGUAUAGCAAUAGGCGUUUAAUGAAAUAAAUCAGUUUUAGUUAGGCCCUUGAAUUACUUAAUAUAGUGAAAACUGGCAGUGUCCAAGUACUAGUGCAUUUUUAAAAAAAACUAAACCAGAUUUACACAUAAUUCUUAUUCCUAUAUAAAACUUAGCUUGGAUUAGUAUAUCCUGAUUUAUUGCCGUUGAAUUCAUCGAAAGUACGAAAGUACACAGUACCAUCCCAAUUUUAUAUAUGUAUAUGAAUAUAUAUAUAUCUCUCUCUCUCUCUCUCUCUCCUCUCUCUGUGUAACAUCUAAAAUCUAAUCUCAUCAACAGGCACUGCCAUAGUGUUUAUGUCGUAACAUUCAAAUUUUUACACACUUGUUUUGAUAGGUAUCUCAAGAGCUAUUGCCCUUGAAUUAGUAAAACAAAAUGAGGAAGUUUACAAAUGAUUUGUAAAAGAAGUAGAGUAUUUUCAGUCUUGAUGUGACAGGCAUGUAUAUUGUAUCAGUCUGACAUACUCUUGUUUAAUUAUCAUUAGUUCAAAGGCCUAUGUCACCGCAAUGAUAAUACAUUGUGUAAAAGAUCCUUCAGAGGCAUAGAAUGACAUCAAGCAAAAUAAUAACGGAGUCUGUUCAAAUGAGGUGGUGGAAAGUGAUACAACUCUCACGCCUCAGAACACUAAAGUACCAGUUCCCUUCGAUGGGCCAUACCAGUUGUUUUAAGCUUGACCAUAUCCUUACCGUAGCCGUAGCGUUUGAUGGCUCUUUCACGCUUCCGUAGAAUCAACAUUUAUUAUACGAAAUUUAUUUCGAAAAUAUUUCUGAAAUGUCCAGUUCUGCAUUUCUCAAAUACGGAAAUAUCUGACAUCCAAGGCGACGUUAAAAAGAACCUUCUGAACGAUACCGUUCCUCUGUCAUGGACCCCAGUGGGAUUUGUGUUUCUUCCGAGUGCAAAUAUUUUUUCGUAGAUGAAAAGCUGACAUCAUGCUAAAACCAAGUUAUUUUCAAAUCGUAAGGAAGUGCUGAAAAUUGACUCCCCAUCAAAAAAAAAAAAAAAAAAAAAACAAA